GUUUUCUAAUCGGAUAUGAAAAUAAUGUCGUCACUUAAAACAAAGUUUAAUUUUUAGGAUAAAAACAUUGCCUCGAGCGAUGAAGAAAGACAUAAAACAUAACAUAUACUUUCCUGCAGAAUGAGAACUAAUUUUAUUAAAAAAUAUUAAAAAAUACACACAAUGAACGAUAUAUACGAUGAUGCAGAUUUUGAAGAUCGAUCUGAUGUGGAUUGUUGCAGAGUAUGUCGUGCUGAAGGCACUAAUGAAAAGCCGCUUCAUUAUCCUUGUUUAUGCACCGGUAGUAUUAAAUACAUUCACCAAGAUUGUUUGGUACUUUGGUUGAAACACAGCAAAAAAGAAUAUUGUGAGCUUUGCAAUCACAAGUUUACAUUUAGACCAGUUUACUCUCCAGAUAUGCCUAAAUCUAUACCUCUAGUGGAAUUAAUACAAGGUUUAGGGAAAAAUAUUCUACGAGCAUUGCGCUACUGGUUGCACUAUACAUUAGUGGUUGUUGCUUGGUUGGGAAUAGUUCCACUAACCGCAUAUCGAGUUUAUAAAUGUUUGUUUGCUGGAUCACUUCAUUCAUUAAUUGUUCUUCCUAUGGAUAUGCUUUCACUGGAAAAUAUAUUACUUGAUAUAGUUUAUGGUGGUGUUGUAGUGGGUAUUACUGUUAGCAGUUUUAUUAUGUUGUUAUGGCUUCGAGAGCAGUUUACGAUACAUGGUGGGCCAGACUGGUUGAAUGAUCAAGAUAAUGUUCAAGCCAUACAAAUAGACAUUUUUAUUAGAAAUUUAAUUGCUCGUAGAUUGAAUAAUGUCAACCAUCAAGACGAGAGAAACCCUGUUGUUUUAGAAAAUCCUGGCCCUUUAGAACACGAAGAGGAUCACAUUGCAUUACCACAUGUAAAUAAUAUAGAUCAUCGUCAAGAGAAUAUUGAUAAUGAUCAUGCAGAACAAAAUGAAAAUGAGGAAAUUAACAAUGCAAAUGAAGAUGAUGGAAAUGCCUUUGAAGAAGGUGGCUGGAAUCCUGAUGCAAUUUUAGAAGAUUUAACCUGGGAAAAAUUUUUAGGCAUUGAUGGAUCGUUUGUUUUUUUGGAACAUGUUUUUUGGAUCAUUUCUUUGAAUACAACUUUUGUUUUGGUCUUUGCUUUCUGUCCUUAUCAUGUUGGGCAAGCUUUACUUUCAUGGGCAAAAAUUAAUGGGGAGAUUACUGGCACUGAUUUUGAUGGUGGAGUAAUCCUUCUUUGUGGCUAUCUGUUUAUUGCUAUUUCAUUAAUUCUUGUUUAUUCUGCAUUGCGCUAUACGUCUUUUAAACGAGUUCGUAAAACAAUUGGAUUGUGCUACGUAAUAUUAAAGGUUUCCUUACUGAUGGUUUUAGAAAUAGGACUUUUUCCGCUAAUAUGUGGCUGGUGGUUGGAUAUAUGCUCAUUGCCAUUGUUUGCAAUUACUUUAAAAGACCGUAAAGAGAGUUUCAUAUAUGCUCCAGGCACUACAACUUUUUUACAUUGGCUAGCUGGAAUGCUCUAUGUGUUUUACUUUGCUGCAUUUGUUAUGUUAGUAAGAGAGAUAUUACGACCAGGUGUAUUGUGGUUUAUUCGUAAUAUCAAUGAUCCUCAAUUCCAUCCAGUUAAAGAGAUGAUUCGACUUAGUGUCUUGGGACAUUCCAGAAGGUUUUUGCUUUCUUUGGUUGUUUUUGGAACAACCAUUUUAGUUUUGGUUUGGAUUCCUGUUAAAGUAAUAAAGUAUACUUGUAAAAGUCUUACUCCCUACAAUAUGUCCUUGAGUGGUGAUGCUCCUAUAAGUGAGAUGUCGCUGGAGUUGUUGCUGCUUCAAGUUAUUCUUCCGGCUUUUCUUGAACAAGGGCAUGCUCGAAAAUGGUUAAAGGUUUUCAUUCAGUUUUGGGUUCAUGUUGCAGCCAGUGUGUUAGACUUGCAAUCGUACCUAUUGGGCGAUGUUGAUUUGAAGGAUUGUCCUCCAGAAAGAAUUAUUCAUGUUGAUAAUCAAGGGAAAUGGCAGAGGGGGCCAGUUCCUAAAGGCAUUUCUCCUGAAAAUGCAUUAGAGGGUGUUGGCUCUCCUACAGUGCGUGCAUAUGCUCGUUCACCCAAUUUUGGCAUUAAGUUGACAAUUUUAAUAAGCUGUUGUAUUGUGUCUUUUGUACUUGCAUCAUUUUGCUGUUUUACAAUUCCUGUUCUGGUUGGGCGAUUUGUGUUAUCUCUCUUUUUUGACAAUACAGUGAUUCACGAGCUUUAUACUGCAGCUGCUGGAUUUUAUUUAAUAUGGUUAUUUUUGCGUGCACUAACCACAAUUUAUGCAUAUCCUGCUGGGUAUCAGGGUGUGCUGAAAAAAAUGAAAACUCUUAGCCUUGUGAUUAUCAAAACAUUUGUUACUACAAUUGCAUUAUUUGGGUUUGUACCACUAUUGUUGGGCACUUUUUUUGAGCUUGUAGUUGUUAUCCCAUUACGUGUUCCGCUCGAUCAAACCCCUUUACUUUAUCUGUGGCAGGAUUGGGCACUUGGUAUCUUACACCUGAAAAUUAUCUGUGCCAUAAUAAUGGUUGGACCAGACUGGUGGCUAAAGGAUGCAAUUGAUAGAGUCUACCGCAACGGCUUUAUGAAUAUUAAUUUAAGCUUUAUUUUGAAAAAUAUAAUAGCUCCUGUAUGUGUGACACUUUUACUUGCGAUUACUGCACCAUACUUUGCGGCUAAAGGUGUUUUGCCAUUAUUAGGUUUUGGUCCUGAUUUUGUUACCAUGUGCUUAAGAAGGAUGUAUCCAACACUAAUGCUCUUAGUAUUAUUUACUGGAAUAAUAAUACUGCAAGGAAAGCAAUUUCGAUCAUUGUAUGAAAAAAUAAAGAAUGAAAAGUAUUUGAUUGGAAAAGUUCUCGUGAAUUAUGAACGUAAGCCAAAGCUCGAAUCUCCUGAAUCUGUUGGAAUCAUAAAGUCCGAGGGAAUCUAGAAAUAUUCUAAAGUCGAAUUCUAAGUUUGAACUUAGAUUUUAUUUCGAAGCAGGUUUUAUUUUAUUUAUCAUAAAAAUAGAGGUGUUGAAGAUGUAAACUUUAAUUCGGGGUAUGAUAAUUCAAUGAACAUUUUUUAAUAACAUCAGAAAUUUGAAAAACAAAUCGAUAUCCCUUCAAACGUUUGACUUCAAAUCAAAUGGUUAAUAAGCCGGUGACAGUUAACUUAAAAUUGAAUGUUGUGUUUUAGUCAGUUAAAGUCGAUAUAAAAUCGUAGCCGAUCAAAAACCAAAUGUCAAUCAAAGAUUGUAAUUGAUUUAAAGAUACCUUUGAAUUCUUUUUUUUUUCUUCUGAUUUCAGUAUUUUUUUUUUUUAAUAAAUUAAGAUCUUUUCGAGUAUAAAUCAAAUAUAUACAAUUUUAUAAUGUUUUAUUUAAAACUGUGAAUAUAUUAUAAAUUUGAAGUUUUAUUUUGUGUUCAAAAAACGUUGUAUUUGUUUUACUUGUUCGAUUAGCAUGUCUUUAAAAUAUGUUGUUUUGUAUUAAAGUUUUUUUAAUUAAAAUUAUUACAAAAUAUUGGUAUAUAGAUGCAUAAAAUGUAUUAUAUAAACUAAUUUGUAUAUCGUUGUUAUGCAAUUAUAGUGUUUAAAUGUG